AUGACAAAUUCACAUUAUACCACUUUAGGAGUUACUGAAAAAGCAAGCCCCUCUGAAAUUCGCAAGGCUUAUUACAAGCUGGCCAAAAAUUAUCACCCUGAUAAAAAUCCCAAUGGAAUUGAAAAGUUCAAGGAAAUCUUAAACGCGUAUGAGAUUUUAUCCGAUCGUGACAAAAAAAGGGUUUAUGAUUUGAAAAGAAAACGUGAGACGGAUUUCGACUUUGAAGGCUUUUAUGCAAGUAAUCGUCCUUCUACCUCAAGACCAGGACGCAGGACACGACCUCCACCAGCUCCAGAAACCCCACCACGACCAUCCAGUCCUCCACCACCACCACCUCCUAAUCGUAAGGCGUUGUUGAUAAAAAAUUUUGAGACUCCGCUAAUUUUUUUUUAUAGGGUCAGACUACCACAUCCUGACUACUGCACAACUGUCUUUGAAAUAAUCGUAUCUCGGCGUGAGCGCCUUCAAGGUUUACUACAACCUGAAGGUGAACUGCCAAACAUGUCAUGGAAGUGCCAAAGCUGUCUUGGGGCCAAAGAGACUCGUGUAAGUCUGUUGAUUCCAAUUGCCAAAGGCAUUGAAUCCGGUCACACGAUUAGGAUGAAGAACUACGGGAAUGUCAUGCCCGACAACGUUACCAAGGGCGACUUAUUUAUCAAGGUAACUGUGGAUGAUCACUGGGGCUGCUUCACGCGCCACAAAGACACCUUACUUGCUUCCAUUGACAUCAAACUUCGAGAUGCUCUUAUGGGAGUAAAUCGAAAAGGCGACAUUAUUAAACAUAUGGAUGGCCGCAAAUUGAACAUUCCACAAACCCCUGGAAAAGUAAUCACACCCGGCAUGACCAUAAUUCAGAAAGGAGAAGGUAUGCCCGUAUUCUCUGAUACAGAUGACAACAAGGGUUGUCUUAUCAUUAGAUUUAACGUGAUCUUCCCUGAUGAAAUCAAUAUUCCCAAGGAUCCAUACGUUCGCGAUGAAAUUGAUAUUAUGUUUGAAACGAAGGAAGAACGUGAGAUCCGAGAGAAGACCAUUAUUAUUGAAGACGACGAAGACCAAGAUAAGAAUGUUAGUUCACGAAACGGUGAUAGUAAUGAAGAUAAACAUGUAUCAAAUUCUGGAUAG